AUGGCUUUCUUUGCAAAUUUAAAGGACAGGGCCAUCAACACUUUCAAUGAGGUGAUUUUGGAUAGAAAAGUUGGAGGCGACGGAUUAACAGCGGAGCAGAAGUUUUGUCAAAAGUUCAAACUUCCAGAGGAGGAGAGGAUUGUUCAGGAGUCCAAUGUUGUACUUGUGUAUAGCUCCGAUCAUUCCGAUACUAGAACCAAGAAGCAUGGACAACGCAGAUACAACAGUUUUGAAGAGGAUGAAUAUGAAGCACAUUUCCAAGGUAGGUUGUAUCUCACUCAACAUUUUUUAAUCUUCAAGGAUAGUCACGAUUAUCGCGAUUGCUCGUUCACUUUGCAACUAUCAACCAUUAAAAAGGUUGAAAGAGAGAUGGCAUCGUUUGACUUCAACUUAACACUAGCAUUGACAACCAUUAGCAAGUUGCAUAUCAAACUAUACUUUAGUGGUGGAAUACGGUCCGAUAACGAGAGAUUUGCUCAGAGCUUAUCCAUGGUCUUGAAAAAGAACCAGUCAAAUAUCAAAAAGCUCAAGCCUUUUAUUCAAACUUGCUACUCAGAGUACCUUCUUUCAAAGAACAACGUGUCGAAUGAAGUUGUCGAGAAUACCCCACCAGGUGGAUUGGGCUUGGCAUUCAAGUUUCCCGGGAAUGCGAAGGAAUCCAAAGACAAGUUCAAGGUUAAAUUGUGGUUUGAUUUUUUUAAGGAAAAUGGUCGAAAUCUAUCUUUAGUGAAAACUCCAAUGUUUUACAAAUUGAUUAGAGUUGGAUUGCCCAAUAGAUUGAGAGGUGAAAUUUGGGAAUUGUGUUGCGGCUCCAUGUAUUUGAGGUUAGAUCACCAGGGCGAGUAUGACAAAUUGUUGCUGGAUAACAAGGGCAAAAUGUCUGUUGCUAUUGAAGAAAUUGAAAAGGAUUUAAACAGAUCGCUUCCUGAAUAUGCCGCCUACCAGAGUCCAGGGGGUAUAGAGAGCUUGAGAAAGGUGUUGACAGCCUUUUCGUGGAGAAACCCAGAAGUUGGUUACUGUCAAGCAAUGAAUAUUGUUGUUGCUGCCCUUUUGAUUUACAUGUCUGAAGAGCAGGCGUUCUGGUCACUUAAUGUGUUGUGUGAUAGAAUCGUUCCUGGCUACUACUCCAAAACAAUGUACGGCACAUUGCUUGAUCAGAGAGUAUUUGAAUCGUUGGUGCAGACCACCAUGCCAGUACUUUGGGAACACAUUUGCAAGAAUGACAUCCAGCUAUCAGUGGUUUCAUUACCAUGGUUUUUGUCGCUAUACUUAUCAUCGAUGCCUUUGGUGUAUGCGUUUAGAAUAUUGGACAUUUUCUUUAUGCAGGGCCCGAAAGUCUUGUUUCAAGUAGCGCUAGGUAUAUUGAAAGCCAACGGCGACGAGUUGUUAAAAUCGGAAGACGAUGGAACAUUUAUUUCAGUGAUUAAGGAAUACUUUCUUAAUUUGGACACCUCUGCAUUUCCAAAUUCACCACAAUUGAAAUUCAGAAAUACUACAAAGUUUCAAGAAUUACUUGGCAUUUCGUUUAAAGAGUUUGCCAAUAUUGAUGAUGAAACAAUUAAGCAGCACAGAAGCAAACACAGAGAUACUAUUUUUCAAAACAUUUCCACAUUUGUCAAACGUACUGAGAUCAGGCACUUGCCAAAAACUCCAAACAUUUCACAGAGCACUCUUGAUAUCCUCUACGAUCGGUUUUACUCCCAAGUGGAGGUAUCGAAUAUUACCAAAGGUUCAGGCUCAAGCACAGUAGAUUUCAAAUCUUUUGUGAAAUUUUUGUCUGAAGUGUGUGACUGGGUUCGUUUUGAGAAAGGCGAAGUAGAAGCACUUCCUGGGGACCAUUUCUUGAAAAGAUUGUUUAAAAGUUGGGAUUCUGAGAAUCAGGGUACAUUGUCAUUUGCUGACUUAUUGGUGGGAUUAAAUUUGUUGGUUGAGGCAGAUCUUAUGACGGCAAUGUCCAAUUUCUUCAAACUUUAUGACGUCAAACACAAUAACAAGAUUGACAGAGAAGGAAUUUUGAGAAUCUCUGAGGAUCUUUUGUACAUCACAACACCUUGGAAAGAGGGGCAUUUGCUAGACGAAAUCACUCGUACGGCAGUUGAAAAUGAGGUUGCCGAUGCAGUCUUGAAAAAACAAACUGCCUCAAAGGAUGGUGAUGCCCAUGAAAAUGAAAAUACUGAGAUUGACCUACCAGCUCAUAUAGAAGUGAACAAAGAAAAGCUCGCUGCAGAACAGACUGAAAGGUACUUGCAGGCUGCAAGCAACUUUAUCAAUCGUGCCUUUGAAUAUGCUCAGCCUGAGGAGGACGAGUUGCUUAUCAAAGAUCUUGCCAUUGACGAAAAACUCAAACACAAUGUGGCAUUGGAUCCAUCACAUCCAGUGUACCUCAACUUGGCCACGUUCAGAAUGGUCAUUUUGGCAGACGAGACUUAUGAACUACUCUUUAGCUCUACUUUGAGAGAUUCGAUUCACUUGGAUAGACCGUUAGAUACUGCGUUUGACCCAAUGAGAAAUAUUCGAGAUAUGUUUGAUGGCUUAUUGGCUGAUGGUAAAAAAGUGGCGAACAAGGUAAGAAUGAGAAUGGAUUCACGGGCCUCCCAGCAAAGCCACGAUGGGUCAAGCUCGUCAUCGCUUCGAUCGAGUAGGACUAAAGCUGCCUCAACAAUGGCCACUUCUCGUGAAGGAGAAGAAGAAGACGAGGAAAGAGACGAUGAUUUUGGUGCCAUAUCGAUUGACGAAAAAGACAAAGAUAUGCUUUUAGCUACUGAAGCCCAAUCGUUGGGGGACACAGCUCAAAGGCGCCCAGAUAUCAAAGAGCAAUUGAAGAAAUUGCACGAGAUGGACAGUGAGUCAAAAGAGAAAUUAGCCGAUGGAGCCCUUGCUGAUAAAGGCAAAGAGAACUUGAUAGAGUUUGAGAGUUGA